UGACAGCGACAACCAAGAGAGACCUCAAGCCAAAGCACUUUCUCCUGCAUUAAUCACCGAUUGUGAGCAAGUCUAUAAAACCGCUGACACCUUUCGAACCGAAUUUCAUAAAUUUUCAAUACCAGCUACCCAGAAACGAGACACAAUGGCCGCCCCAACCGAGGCGCAAAUCGCCCAUCAAGAGCUUAUAGAGAAGCUUGACAUUCACUCCACCCAUAAGAACUUCCGCAGUCCGACCUGGAAGCCCAACCAGCGUCGAAACAAGAACCUCAAGGCGAUCGUCGGUGAUGCUUCCCGAAGAGAAGCCUCAGCUCUUGGCACGCCGAUGGACGCGAGUGGUAUUGCUACACCAGCCGAUGAUGGACUCUCAACAAGCGGUACAAGCACGCCAGCCACCGAGAGCGGCAAGGAGCCCCCAAAUCUGGCGCAAGCAUCACGAAACCUGUCUAAGCUUGUCCUCGAGAAGAGCCUCAAACCGACAGGUGGUGUGUCGGCUCCAACUGCCACUUACACAAACAUCGAAUCGGCACCAUCACUCGCGCAUAACAAACAUUACUGUGACGUGACUGGACUACCAGCUCCUUACCUCGAUCCCAAGACGCGACUUCGCUACCACAACAAGGAAGUGUUUGGCCUCAUUAGGACGCUACCUCAGGGUGUGGCAGAGCAGUUCCUUGAGGCUCGUGGUGCUCACACAGUCCUUAAGUGAGCAUGGUUCUCAAGUUUGGGAUGCUCAUUUAAAGAAAUUACAAAAAGCUUUGAGACUAACGAGGCCUGGGAACCUAUCAUACGGGGUUCAUGCGAGGCAUCACCAGACAUAUGCGUGUUAUACAAAGAUACCAUUUUUAAGAGUACAAUAGGAGUGUCCGACCAACAAAGUCAAGCCCCAACUAUGCACCCUUAGCCUUUCGGCCAAGGGAUGGCAAUUGACGCUCCGGCUUAAUCGUGAUCAUGAGCUUGUUCUCUGCCUAGGUCGACAGACUACCGAGAACGUAUGGGGAAGAAACGAAUCUCAGUUGCCAGGGCGAAGAACGCCUCUAGCCGUCGCGGCAGGGACAGGAAAUCUGUCAGAAGAAAUGUAUAGCAAGCUGUUCCAUAGAGUGAAUCAAACGUAUUGUUUCUCGACGACCUUCUUUUUCUCUGGCAAAUAAUUAAAACCCAUUUGACAAGUGUUUAGUAGUUUGCACUGCAAUCGUAUUG